AUGCUUAUUCAAGAAGUCUGUUACAUUUGUUGUUUGGCAGUGAAAAUAUUUGUUAGGUCUACUUUUGAUAUCUCAAAACUAAACAUGGAUAUAAUAAUAAACAAAACAUUUGUGAAAGAAUUCAUUCUUCUGGGACUCUCUGGGUACCCGAGACUUGAGAUCAUUUUCUUUGCUUUAAUUCUAGUUAUGUAUGUAGUGAUUCUGAUUGGCAAUGGUGUUCUGAUCAUAGCAUGCAUCUUUGAUUCCCGUCUCCACACCCCCAUGUACUUCUUCCUGGGCAACCUCUCUCUCCUGGAUAUCUGCUACACAUCCUCCUCUGUUCCCUCAACUUUGGUGAGCUUAAUCUCAAAGAAAAGGAACAUUUCCUUCUCUGGAUGCACAGUACAGAUGUUUUUCGGGUUUGCAAUGGGGUCAACAGAGUGUUUGCUCCUCGGCAUGAUGGCAUUUGACCGCUAUGUGGCCAUCUGUAACCCUCUGAGAUACCCCAUUAUCAUGAGCAAGGUGGCAUAUGUACUGAUGGCUUCUGUGUCAUGGCUCUCUGGCGGAAUCAACUCGGUUGUGCAAACAUCUCUUGCCAUGCAAUUGCCUUUCUGUGGGAAUAAUAUUAUUAAUCACUUCUUAUGUGAAAUAUUAGCUGUUCUGAAGCUAGCUUGUGCUGAUAUAUCCCUCAAUAUUGUUACCCUAGCGGUGUCAAAUAUGGCAUUCCUGGUUCUUCCAUUAGUGGUCAUUUUUUUCUCCUACGUGUUCAUCCUCUACACCAUCUUGAGAAUGAACUCAGCCACCGGGAGACGCAAGGCCUUUUCCACCUGCUCAGCACAUCUGACUGUGGUGAUCAUAUUUUACGGCACCAUCUUCUUUAUGUAUGCCAAGCCCAAGUCCCAAAACAUCCUUGGAAAAGACAAUAUGCAAGCUGUGGAGGGGCUUCUUUCCAUAUUCUAUGGGGUAGUGACCCCCAUGCUAAAUCCUAUAAUCUAUAGCUUGAGAAAUAAAGAUGUGAAAGCUGCUGUGAAAUACUUGCUAAGUUGUAAAGGUGUUAACCAUAAGACCAAGUGA